UGUGUUGCUCUCAGGGGCAGGGCUUUGGACUCUGCGUGAUGUGAAAGUGUUGCAGGGUGGAGUGGGACCACACCAGAGGAGACCACGGCGAGCAGACAGCCACGGCAGGAGGAAGCCUUCUUUAGCCCUUUUAAAGUCUAUAACAAAUCUCCAUCAUGAUCAUUGUGAUUGAGGAUCAGGAAGGCUUUGACAAGGCUCUGGCUGAAGCAGGAGACAAGCUGGUUGUGGUUGAUUUCACAGCCACGUGGUGUGGGCCCUGUCAGAGCAUCGCUCCCUUCUACAAAGGUCUGUCUGAAAAACCAGACAACGGCAACGUGGUCUUCCUCAAGGUAGAUGUGGACGAUGCACAGGAUGUGGCCCAGUCGUGUGAGAUCAAAUGUAUGCCAACAUUCCACUUCUACAAGAAUGGAAAAAAGGUUGAUGAGUUCUCUGGGUCCAACCAGGCAAAGCUGGAGGAAUUGGUGAACACCAACAAAUGAAGAAACAACGAUGCACUAAGCAUGAAUAUUAUACAAUAACAUGGUCCAAAUAUUACAACGUACAACAUCUCUCAAAUUUACUAACAGUUGCAGGUUUUGUUACUCUAUGAACUCUAAUACACUUGACAGAAAUACGUCAUGUAGAAAUGGUCUGUCAAGACAUGCUUGCCUUCCCCAAGACUGAAUUGCCAUAUUUUUUUCUUUAUCUUCAUAAAAACCACGUAGCUUCAGUUUUUAUUCCCAGUAGACUAACCUGUGUCAUCAUCUCAGGUUUAAUAAACAGACCGUUCUGUAGAGUACAAA